GAAAAAGAAAAAGAAGACAAAAAAUCAUGGACCGGAGGAGACAGGGAGGAGAGGGACCCAAAAGCUUUUCUCUAAGCCAGCCAAACACGAAUCUUCUUACACCUUCGUUGUUUCUAAUUUACCGUUUAGCUGUCCGAAGAAUAUCCCAGAGAAAUCAAUUUGUCCAAGUUGAGAGCUGUUAUUAAUAAAUGGAUAACAAGAAGCAGCAUAUUGCAAUUUUUACAACGGCCAGUCUUCCAUGGAUGACGGGAACUGCCGUAAACCCUCUGUUUCGUGCUGCGUUUCUUGCGAAAGAUGGGAGUAGAAAGGUCACUUUGGUGAUUCCGUGGUUGUCCUUGCAGCAUCAGAAAUUAGUCUACCCCGAUAAUAUCACCUUCACUUCACCUUCUGAGCAACAAGUGUAUGUCCGUCAUUGGCUUCAGGAGAGGAUUUCAUUUUCACCUGCUUUUAGCAUACAAUUCUACCCCGCCAAGUUUGCUGUAGAUAAAAGAAGCAUUCUUUCCGUAGGAGAUAUCUCGGAAGUCAUACCGGAUGAAGAUGCUGAUGUUGCGGUCCUUGAGGAGCCUGAGCAUCUCACGUGGUUUCAUCAUGGGAAGAGAUGGAAAACUAAAUUCCGCCUUGUCAUAGGAAUUAUACACACCAAUUAUCUGGAAUAUAUCAAGAGAGAGAAGAAUGGACGGGUUAAAGCAUUGGUUGUUAAAUAUAUUAAUAGUUGGGUUGUUGAUAUCUACUGCCACAAGGUAAUUAGAUUGUCUGCUGCUACCCAGGAUUAUCCUAAUUCCAUAAUCUGCAAUGUUCAUGGAGUGAAUCCUAAGUUCCUUGAGAUUGGCAAGAAAAAGAUAGAGCUACAACAAAGUGGGAAUGGGAAUCAGGCCUUCACUAAAGGUGCCUACUACAUUGGAAAAAUGGUGUGGAGCAAAGGCUACAAGGAGCUUAUUAAACUUCUUCAAGACAAUCAAAAAGAGCUAAUUGGGCUUGAGGUAGAUUUAUAUGGCAGUGGAGAAGACUCCGACCAAGUCCAGGCAGCUGCUAAAAAAUUGGAUCUGGUAGUCAGAGUAUAUCCUGGGCGUGAUCAUGCAGAUCCUGUAUUCCACGAUUAUAAAGUGUUCCUGAAUCCAAGCACCACAGACGUUGUUUGCACGACGACGGCAGAAGCAUUGGCAAUGGGCAAAAUUGUUGUAUGUGCUAAUCACCCAUCGAAUGAAUUCUUCAAGCAGUUUGUAAACUGCUGGACUUAUGAUAACAGCAAAGGAUUUGUCGAGGCCACAAGCAGGGCUUUAACUGAAGAACCUGCUGAGCUGACUGGUGCACAGAGACACGAGCUGUCAUGGGAGGCUGCAACAGAACGGUUUCUGAGGGUUGCUGAUCUGGACCAGGUAUUUGCAAGGAAACCAGCAAAAAGUCUUUCAAACAACUUUGCUUCCACAUCUUUAAAUACACGAAUGGAGGAUGUAUCAGCAUAUCUGCACUAUGUGGCUCUUGGUUCUGAAACAUCAAGAAGAGCUUUCGGUGCAAUUCCAGGGAGUCUGCAACCAGACGAAGAGCUAUGUAAGGAGCUUGGGCUGGCUAUUCCCGCAGCCACCCAAGGAUCAAAAGAUCCUGUUGACACAUCAUGAAAUACAUCCUAGCAAUUCUUAGGGUGAAAAUAAGACUGGCAGUCUGGUGAAGAAAUGCGGAAAAAUGAAGGGUUGAAGAUUGGACCUGGGAGAUCCAACAAAACAGCCUGUACAAAGCACAAAAUACUCGCAUUUGGUUUGAUGACCUGGACGCUUUAUCAUAGUCUGUAACAUCUUUUGAACUGUAAACAUGCAUUCUCAUUCCCAGUUGCUGUAGUUCCCAUGAAGUCUUGGAAUGGGCGAUGGGCGAUAUGUGCUAAGAUUGUUAGUCUGUUCAUCACAAUAUUGCCAAAUACAGUGUAUUGAAGUGCUACUUUUAUUUAGAACCUGCAUGUUUUUAUGUUUUAAAA